AGAGAGAGAGAGGGAGGGAGAAAGAGCAGGGUGAGUGAUGGGUGCCUCGGAUUAGUGAAUAGCGAAGACAGAAGAGGAUGUGACUGAGUGCCACUGUUUGAAACAGGGCGUUUUUUUUUCUCUCCCCUCUCUCUACUCCCUCUUCAUUCAAACCCAUUUCUGCCACCAAAGAGAAGAGUUCCUUCACUUCAGUUCAGGCUGCUUUUCUCCUCCUCUCCUCAACCGAUGCCACCACAUUCAGAACGCAACCGCCCUGGCUCCUUCUACCUGGAUCAGAAAAGCGUGGUCCCGUGCAAGCAACUGCAGAAGAUGGACUGCAUGUCCCAUCCUCAUCGGUGUCAUCGGUGACCAAGACUAAGAACUGUCAGUGAAACAUCAGCUGUCAAACGAUGGCCUCAGGGCUGGAAUGAUUCCAAAGACCCCAGUGUUUCUGAGAAGACAACCAGUCUCUUGUACUUAUUGGUCAACCCUAAAAAUGACUGACUCAGAUAAAUUAUCACAGAGCCUAACAAAUCCAUAGACGGAAUGCUUUGGUUGUGAAUGAAACACUGUUUUUGAAUACAUCUAAGAAAUCUCACAAGGCCAGCUCGUGAUUCACUAAAACUCAAGGACCGCAUUACAUAAAACACAUCACAGUAACACAUCUGGUAGAAGCAUGUGAGGUACUCAUGUUUAUUUAUCUCACCACGGCCAUGGAAUGUUGUACAUUCAUCUGCCAAGAAUCGAACAGAUGAAGAUCCCUCUGAGACCAAGCUGGAACCAGAAGUGCAACCAACUUCUGUCAGCAUUUAGCUGACAGAAAAACCCAUGAGCAACCUGUAAAGUGGGCUAACUGAAGCUGCUUGUGCUGUGUCAAAUUAGAAGUAAGCAACUUUGCAGAUGGCUGUGCCCUUGGCUAAUUUUCUCAUUGGACGCAGCUUCUGUGCAUGAAGAGCUUUGCUGAACAUAGUCUAUGGCAACAACACUGACGACGCACAACUGACUAAUUGACAACUGCCAGUGAGACAGCAACAGACACAGAGACAGCAUGUCUGUAGACAAUGGGACAGAAGAAGGGCCAUUUUCCACAGGCCAGCCCUUCAACUCCUCCCUGGACUACGAGGACUUUGAGCAGGAGCACGACGCCAGCAAGAUCGUCAUCCCCUCCAUCUACGCGCUGGUGUGCUGCGUGGGCCUGACGGGCAACGCCAUGGUCAUCUACGUCAUCCUCAAGUACGCCAAGAUGAAGACGGCCACCAACAUCUACAUCCUGAACCUGGCCAUCGCGGACGAGCUCUUCAUGCUGAGCGUGCCGUUCCUGGCCACCUCGGCCGCCGUGCGCCACUGGCCCUUCGGCUCGCUCAUGUGCCGGCUGGUGCUCAGCGUGGACGGCAUCAACAUGUUCACCAGCAUCUUCUGCCUGACCGUGCUCAGCGUCGACCGCUACAUCGCCGUGGUGCACCCAAUCAAGGCCGCCCGAUAUCGCCGGCCCACCGUGGCCAAGGUGGUCAACGUCUGCGUGUGGGGGCUGUCGCUGGUGGUCAUCCUGCCCAUCAUCGUCUUCGCCGACACAGUCCCCGCCCAGGAUGGCGGCGUGGACUGCAACUUCCUGUGGCCGGAGUCGUCGUGGUCAGAGGCCUUCGUGGUCUACACCUUCCUGCUGGGCUUCCUGCUGCCGGUGGUGGCCAUCUGCCUGUGCUACUGCCUGAUCGUGGCGCGCAUGCGGGCGGUGGGGCUGAAGGCAGGCUGGAUGCAGCGGCGGCGCUCGGAGAAGAAGAUCACCCGCAUGGUGCUGCUGGUGGUGGCCGUCUUCGUGGUCUGCUGGAUGCCCUUCUACAUCGUGCAGCUGGUCAGCGUUUUCCGCCGGCCGCCCGACCCCAUGGUCACCCAGCUCUUCGUCAUCCUCAGCUACGCCAACAGCGGCGCCAACCCCAUCCUCUACGGCUUCGUCUCCGACAACUUCCGCCGCUCCUUCCAGCGGAUCGUCUGCUUCCGCUGGCUGGAGAGCGGGCUGGACGCCGAGCAGGUGGACUACUGUGCCGUCGCCCUUAAGCGGCAGGUCACCUGCGGGCCCCAGGACUUCCCCCGGGACUUCCUGGCUUCAGACGUGGCCUAUCGCAACGGCACCUGCACCUCUCGCACCACCACGCUCUGAGCUGGACCCCAGUUCGGUAGAGCGGGGGGAACCCGCCCUUAAUUAACCCAACGAAUCCCCACCGCUCACAGAGUAAAGUGUGAAAUGACGAUGUGGACCACCCCAGAAAAGUGUAGACUCAGAUUUUGUAGACUUACUCAGCACCGCCCGUUUACAGAGCUAGCCAAUACAACUUCUCCAUUGCUGCUUGUCCUGUUGCACGUUCCUCUGCCCAAGCCUUGUCCUGUGCGUGACAGUGACACCCCUUUCACUAAGCCGAGGACUAUGUUUUUCCACUCUCUCCAGUGCUUGUGCUUUAGAAACACCAAAGCCGGCUAAAAAUGCACUGACACAGGGUUAGAGUUACCUCAGCGUAGCUCUUUAUUCGGAUGCCACUCAAGACUGUUUUACACGUUAAAGACGCACUCAAGUUGUACAGAUCUGUGUUUGGUUUCUGAAGAAACCGACUGACAAAGAGUGCCAUUCUUUGCAAACAAUGGUAUUCAUAUUCCAAAAAACAGUUCAAGUCUUGACAUUUGUGUUUAUUUAUUUAUUUAUUUAAGAAUUUAUUUAUUUCUCAUGUGGGGGUUAAAGGUUCUUGGGAACAAGCUUUCAUCACAGCUCAAAGUUAUGCCAUUGUAAGUAUUCCUGUUUGUGAGACAUGGCUGAGUUCAGACCGGUUCCAGUCAAGUGUGGUUUUCUAAAAAAUCAUUACAAUAUACAAGUACACCGGGUAGCAUAGGCCAGGGCACAUACAACGGAAUGUGACAGAGUGUGCGUCUAUUAUGGUUUACGGGACCAAACAUGAUGGUCCACCCACAGGUAAAGAACAGCAAGACCGAUAAACCUAAUUACUCCUCUAUCACAACAGAACUGGUGAGUUGUGCUA